CGUGCGCUCUUUUUCCGGAAAUGGGGGAUAGUUAGGUUGUUUUUCCUGUUCACCUGUUCGAAGUUUACAACUUUUCGCUUUCGUUCGUGCGUCUUAUUAGACGUCCUCUUGCUGAAGAUCAGAUGCAGGACAGCGGCACAGCCUCAUCCACCAGCUGUUCUUCUCCAUCACCACUUCACCACUUCCCUCUCAACCAUCUAAGUACAGCUGCAUGUGGAAGUGAAAUAACAUGUGAUCGGCAGAAACAGGAAGCUCCAGGCUCCUCCAGGAUGAGUUCGACCGUGAGGUUCUAUGUUUGUUACCUGCUGUGCGUUUGCCUGGGCUUGGCCUGUGUGGUCUGUGUGGCUGCGUGGAACAGUAAGUUUCGUGGAGGUUUCGCCUGGGAUCAGACUCACCUGCAGUUCAACUGGCACCCUGUCCUGAUGGUGACAGGCCUGGUGGUGCUGUACGGCAACGGAGCUGUGUUGUACCGCAUCCCGCUGACCUGGGGUCAGAGUAAGCUUCCCUGGAAGCUACUUCAUGCUGCAGUCAUGCUGCUGGCUCUGCUCCUGGCAAUUGUGGGUCUUUGUGCUGUGUUCCAAGUUCACAAUGCCCACAAGGAAGCCAACAUCUAUUCGUUACACAGCUGGAUUGGAAUCGGUGCCACUGCUCUGUUUGCCUUUCAGUGGGUGGCGGGCUUGGCCGGCUUCCUCCUGCCCUGCUCUCCCGUUUGGCUGCGUGAAUGCCUGAAACCCCUCCACGUGUGGAUGGGCACCAGCAUCCUGUUUUUAAGCAUCGCCGCCUCCAUCUCUGGAAUCAACGAGAAGCUCUUCUUUGUUCUGAAAAGCAACUCUAAAGGAAGUGAGCCGUAUGAAGAUCGUCCACAGGCUUUGCUGGCUAAUUCAUUAGGAGUUUUAAUCGUAGCGUUCGGCUUGAUUGUCCUGAAGAUUCUGUUGAACCACGAAUGGCAGAGACCAGACUCUCAGCCAGAAGCUUUGGCUUACAGGCCUUUGCUACAAGAAGAAAAUGAAUGACAGGGUUUUAAUAAUAAUAAUAAAAAAAAUUGCUCUGUCAAACGAACAUUUUUGCAAACAGAAUUUCAGACUUUACAUACCACAAGCAUCCUUUUGUUUUUAAUUUAAUAAUGAAUGUUAACGGAGCUGCCUGGACAGUGUAAUAAUUAUUUGUAUUUGUUUUAGAUGUUAUUUCCCUCAAGAACAAAGAGGUAUUUUGUCAGAAAACUAUGCAUAUUUCACUCAUAUAUAAAGCUACAGUGUGUAUGAUUUAUUAGCCUAAAUGGAAUAUAGCAUUCAUAGCCAUGUGCUCAUUAGUGUGUAAUAAUUCCUGCAACAACAAAUCGACAAUCACCCCUUCAUAUCUGCUUGGGAGCGCCCCCCGCCCCCCCCCCCCACCCCCACCCCCACACACACACACAGAGGGAACAUGAAUCCUUUUCUCCAAAUAAGCAAAAAUGUGAAGGGAUACAAAUUUGUGACUGGUGACAGCACAGUGCAGUCUACAACGUCACCACUAGAUGGCACUAAAUGCUACAUACUGUAGCUUUAAGCUUUUUAAGUCAUGCAGUCAAAGUACACAUUGUCAGUUUGUGAUUCCAUUAUCAAAAUUGGCAUAAACAUGAAGCACAAUAAAGGUGUUUUUAAAAUCUG